CUCGCCUGAGGAGAGGGCUGGGAUUGGUGCGAGGAGGGGCCCGAGCCUUUCGGCACCUGGGGUCGAAACCUGGCGAGGCGGUGGCAGCCGAGGAGCCGGUGGGGACUCGCGGCACCCUCGCCCGCCGCGUGCCCUCCCCGAAGGGCCGGGUCGGGGGAAGGAGCGGGAGGCCCCUCUACCUCAUCACGCGGGAGCGAGGGUGGCGCUUGUCGCGUGUCCAGCGCAGGACCAGUGGGGCGGGGGGCGGGAGGGGGGUGGGAGUGGAGGGCGGGAGAGGAGUAGGGGUCCGGGAGAAGGCUGCAGGACUAGUUCGAGACCUAGACCUGGAAGCGCUUCCGGGGAGGACUUGGGGGGCAGAGGAGGGCGUGGGCGUGGGCGUGUCUGGUAUGGGAUGCCAUGGAAAGGAGGGGGCACUCCUGAGCAGAUCUGUGGAUCCUUCCUUUGAGGAAUCUUCUUUUUUGCCCUCUGAUGUGCUGGAGAGCGAGUCUCCACGGUCUCUGUUCAAGUUCUGGAAACUUUCUCUUUGGGUGGGCUUAAUCAACUACUUCAUUACAGAGCCACCCAGGGCCUUUUCUGAUACUGGGCAUAAACGUAAGGGAUAUGUCAGAAAAGAAGAAGCCGCUGCUGGGCUUCGUGGGCAAACAUCCCAGUGGGACUGGCAUUGGGAACGCAGGCAAGACUCACUGCCCUUCGUGCAUGGGGCUUUUCAAAGCCCCCAGGCUUUUGCCAUGUUUGCACACAGUUUGCACCACGUGUUUGGAGCAGCUGGAACCCUUCUCAGUAGUGGACAUCCGAGGGGGAGACUCUGACACAAGCUCUGAGGGGUCAAUAUUCCAGGAACUCAAGCCACGCGGCCUGCAGCCGCAGACCGGCAUCCUCUGUCCAGUAUGUGAUGCUCAGGUGGACCUGCCCACGGGUGGAGUGAAGGCUUUAACCAUAGACCACUUGGCCAUGAAUGAUGUGAUGCUGGAGAAUCUGCGUGGGGAAGGCCAGGGCCUGGUGUGUGACCUGUGCAGCGACAGGGAAGUGGAGAAGAGGUGUCAGACCUGCAAAGCCAAUCUCUGCCAUUUCUGCUGCCAGGCGCAUAGGCGACAGAAGAAAACAACUUAUCAUACCAUGGUGGACAUAAAAGACUUGAAAGGCUACAGCCAGAUUGGGAAAGCCAUUCUGUGUCCUGCUCACCCUGCGGAGGAGCUGAGGCUGUUCUGUGAGCUAUGUGACCAGCCUGUGUGCCGCGAUUGUGUGGUGGGUGAGCACCGGGAGCACCCCUGUGACUUCACCAGCAAUGUUAUCCACAAGCAUGGGGACUCCGUGCGUGAGCUCCUCAAAGGCACCCAGCCCCAUGUGGAGGCCCUGGAGGAAGCCCUGGCACAGAUCAAAGAGACAAACAGUGCCCUCCAGCAGCGAGUAGAGGCUGUGGCCGCUGAUAUCCGAACAUUCUCCGAGAACUACGUCAAGGCCAUUGAGGAGCAUCGGGACAAGCUACUGAAGCAGCUGGAAGACAUACGGGUCCAGAAGGAGAACUCCCUACAGCUGCAGAAGGCACAGCUGGAGCAGCUGCUGGCAGACAUGCGCACUGGAGUGGAGUUCACCGAGCACUUGCUGACCAGUGGCUCCGACGUGGAGAUUCUCAUCACCAAGGGGGUAGUAGUGGAGAGGCUUACGAAGCUGAACCAAGUCGAAUACAGUGCCCAUCCCAGAGUAAACGAUAAGAUAUGCUUCUCUCCUCAGGAGAAAGCAGGUCGGUGCCGUGGCUAUGAAGUUUAUGGGGCCAUCAAUACCAAAGAGGUCGAUCCAGCCAAAUGUGUCCUUCAAGGAGAAGAUCUCCACAGGGCCCGGGAGAAACAGACGGCGUCUUUCACCCUGCUGUGUAGGGAUGCAGCGGGAGAGAGCAUGGGCAGGGGAGGAGACAACAUUCAAGUCGCAGUUGUCCCCAAAGAUAAGAAGGACAGUCCAGUCAGAACGGUGGUGCAGGACAACAAGGACGGGACGUACUGCGUCUCCUAUACCCCCAAGGAACCCGGCGUCUAUACUGUGUUGGUCUGCGUCAAGGAGCAGCACGUGCGGGGCUCGCCAUUCACUGUGACCGUGAGGAAAAGGCACCGCUCGCACCCAGGCGUGUUUCACUGCUGCACAUUCUGCUCCAGUGGAGGCCAGAAAACCGCUCGCUGUGCCUGUGGGGGCACCAUGCCAGGCGGGUACCUAGGCUGUGGCCAUGGACACAAAGGCCACCCAGGUCGUCCCCACUGGUCAUGCUGUGGGAAGUUUACCGAGAAGUCCGAAUGCACGUGGACAGGUGGGCAGAACGCAGCGAGGAGUCUGCUCAGGACCGUGGCACUCUGAGUUCCCUGGGUCAACCUGCAAAAGCUGCAACCAGCACCACUUUGGAUUGCCAGAAGACCCCAGGCCUUGAUUCAUUCCGAAGAAACUGAGAGUCUAAAAACAAAGUGCCUUAUCU